UUUUGCAGAAUGUCCGAAAUCGCAGAAGUUGUGCCAAAAAUCAUUGAAGCCAUCUUUUCCAGCGUCCAAGAGCCUUUCAAAACUUUCAACAUAACCAUAAAACCUCUGGAAAAUUCGAGAAGUUUCUGGUCAGAGUGCUAUCAAAUUCUAGUGACUCCAAACUCGGAAGCACACGCGGACAAGGUGGUCUCCCCGAUUUUUGUGAAGAUCCCACGAAUCUCGGCUAUCAACGCUGCCUGUGACCCAGAUAAUGCAGAUGAGAAUAUGGAAAUUCUGCGAACUCUCACUGCGCAAGAAGUGACGUUUUACUCUGACUUCUCGGGAAUUCAGUUCUCCGGUUUCCCAAUUCCCCGUUCCUAUUACGGCGAGAAUUUGGGAAACGAGAAAAUGGCAGGUCUGGCGUGUGAGGAUUAUUCUGGAAAAGUGUAUUCGAUUGAUUUUGUUCCCGGGUUUGAUGAGUCUCAAGUUCUUCAACUUUUGGAGGCUCUUGCUCAUUUUCAUGCGAAAAUUAUUGAGAUAAGUGAUGAGAUUCCAUGGAAGAAUUAUGAAAAUGUGCUUUAUGAUGCGGCCUAUAUCAGGAUGUUGCACAACGACACCCUUGAUUUUGAAAAGUUAUGCCCGGCGGAGCUCUCCGGAAGAAUUCAAGAAGUUAAGCAUGCUUUUGAUGAAGAUGGAGUUAGAAAUUCCGAAAAGAAAAACGAAAAACUUGGAAUGCCAUUGGUGAUAUGUCAUAAUGAUUUGAACGCGUCAAAUGUUCUAUGGAAUAAUGAAACUGGAAAGAUCCAGGCAUUUAUCGAUUUCCAGCACGUGUCAAAGGGUCCCGUCUCCUUUGAUAUUAUUCGUAUUUUGUGCCUUGGAUUGUCAGUGGAAAAUCGAAGAGCAAAUACUCAAAGAUACCUGAACCACUACUAUACGACCUUCAAAUCUCAUUUUUCCACGGCUCCCUUCACUUUCUCCCAACUCGAAGAAUCCUAUCGAACUCACUUCAAUUUUGUGAAUGCCACGUCACUAUUCAGUCUGUCGUAUUACUACAAAAUGUAUAAGGAUGAGAGUUUGGAUUUGAAAAGUGGAGCUGACGAAAGGGAACACAAAGCUCAGGAGAUUUUGAGACGGACUAUCGGAAUUUUGGAUGAUAUGUAAUAGAAGAAUAUUUUUUAAAGAUUUUUAUAUUAUACAUUAAAACAAAUAAACUACUACUAAUAUUUGGAA